AUGUUGUACACCAUCCGGCCGACCUCGUUCAGAGUGAACUCGGUUGACGGCGGCGGAUUUCCAGCCGUGGAGUCGGAACCUGCAGACAUCGUUAACAAAGGGGCGGGUGAAGAGAACGUCAAGAAAGCACCAGUUGAUAGGUUGUGGGAUCCUAUCGAUCGGUUGGAAACAGGAUCAUCCGGAAGAGGAUUCAUUUUCGCGUGGAGCACGUCCAACCGUCGAGGUGCCAUAAGAGAGGAUAAAGAAGAACGACAAGUGGCGAAGGCUCAGGGCAAAAUCAUCAGCACCAAGAGGCAGCCAGAGGGACCGAAGCCCGGUUUCAUGGUUGAGGGUGCUACACUAGAGACUGUCACUCCCAUUCCAAACGAUGUCGUUAAUGAUCUCAAGGGUGGCUAUACCCAAACAUUUAAAUCAUUAGCCCAAAUAAAAGAAUCCAUUACUAAUACACUAAAUACUUCUCCUUCUCCUUCAUUUCUACCAACAAAGAAAAGAUCUCCCUCUCCACUCUCUACCUUGUUUCUGCCGCCGCCGCCGCCCAGGUCCAGCGCCGCCUUCCACCGCCGCCUCCGGCGAUCUCUCUCUCUCUCUCUCUUCUCACCUCCGUCUCCCUCUCUUUCUUCCCCAAUUCCCUCUUCCUCUCUCGGCAUCCACUCACGCCGCCGCCGCCCCUCCCCCCUCUCGGAUCUGCCACCGCCGUCGCUGUCGCGGUGGCUCGGCGUCGAGGCCCUCCACCUCUCCCUCUCGGAUUUCACCGCCGUCACUGUCAUGCACCGCCUCAACCUCCGAACUUCCAAAAGUAACUUAUCGGGGUGGGGGCUGUCCUUGUCUUUGUCGAGCGUCGCUGCCAGAUUCCGGCAGGAGGUGGAGGAGCAGAAUCAAGCAGGAGGUGGAUGGUGGAUAAAUACGUGGCUUGAAUGGGAGGAGCGUAAUCAAGGAGAAGGAGAAAGAGGCGGAGCGCAGCUGUUGAUUUGAAGAGUCUGGUGUUGGAUACUUUGGGCUCUUUUAGUGAAAUGGGGUUUUUCAAGAGUGGGCUCCAAGCUGAAGCAUUUUUUUGUUCUUCUUAAUUUGAGCCCAAGAUGGCUUUAUGUUAAGCCCAUUAUGCUUUUUUUUUUUUCUUAGAUUCAAACUCUUAAUACUUUGAUAAUUAAUACUUUAGGGGUA